AUGGAGUCUCUUCGACGUUUUCGGGAGAAUAUGUUUAUAUAUUUCCAGUCAGUUCAUCCUUGGAAAAGAUCCCUGAAAAUCAUUGGUGGGAAAUUUGGAACAAGUGUUCUGUCCUAUUUCACAUUCCUCAAAUGGCUGCUUAUGUUCAACCUGUUCUCCUUCUUGAUAAACUUCAGCUUCAUCACCAUCCCACAAUUCUUUGAUAUGGGCACUAACAAUGUCACUUUCACAGGGAUGGAGCUGCUCACUGGUUCAGGUUAUUUUACACGAACUGUGUUUUACUAUGGCUUUUAUACAAAUGCGAGCAUUCAAGCAAAUCCCACUGCCAAAAUGUACAACAUGCAAGUUGCUUACUUCCUCACAAUUGGAUGCUACAUGCUGAGUUGCUUUCUAUAUCUGGUUUACAGCAUGGCAAAGUCGUUCAAUGAAAACUUUAUUGCAGUUGGCAUCCUGAGUGGUGAUGCAGCCAAGCUCCUGUGUUCCUGGGACUUCAACAUAACAAAUGAGAAAGCAGUAGAACUGAAAAAAAGAAACAUUAGCAGGCAGUUAAAGGAAAUGUUAUCAGAAAAAAUGCACUACCAUCGGCACCUAUCAACAAAACAGAGAAUACUGCGAUAUUUAAUUCAUCUGAUGGCCUGGAUUAUUUCAUUAGGAACAACAUUUGGUUGCUGUUUUGGAAUUCAUUCCUUUUCGAUCUCCAAUUUUAAGAUUAUUCAAAAAAAUCCAACAGAGGAAGAUUUAUACAAGCAAGCUUCGACAUUGAUCUUACCUUUUGUGGUGGCAAUUAUCAAUCUGUUCAUACCUUUAUUCUUCUCCUUCCUUGGUUCAAUGGAAAGAUUCAAAUAUCCCCGGGAUGAGACGUAUGUUCUCAUUAUAAGGAACGUUGUAUUGAAAAUGUCAGUAAUUGGAGUUCUAUGUUACUAUUGGCUGGUGACAGUAGCAAACACCGUAGAGUGUUGGGAAACAUUUGUUGGUCAAGAUCUGUACCGACUUGUGGUGACUGAUUUUAUCUUCUCCUUACUGGGUUCCUUCUUUGGGGAGUUCAUUCGAAGCAUCAUGGGAACACAUUGCUGCCAUAAACUUGGAAAACCAGAAUUCGACAUUCCAAGGAAUGUUUUAGGUUUAAUCUAUGCUCAAGUUCUGGCCUGGAUUGGACUUUUCUUUGCACCUCUUUUACCAGCAAUACAAAUAAUAAAGUUCUUCAUUAUAUUUCAUGUUAAAAAGGUUAGCCUAAUGAUGAAUUGUCAGCCUCCUCGCAAAGCAUGGCGAGCUUCUCAUAUGACGACCAUCUUUAUAUUCCUGUUGUUCUUUCCUGGUUUCCUUGGGGUACUUUGCUUGUUAGGAGUAACUGUGUGGAAAUGGAAGCCUUCCAAACUCUGUGGACCCUUUAGAGGAUUAAAUGUGCCCUACAGUACCAUUUCUCACUUCAUUGCUGUGAUACAAAAAACGGUUUAUCACCUGCAGUGGCUUGUAUGGUGUUACAAUAACUUGAUUAUGAACCCACUAUUUUACUUCAUCUUAACAAUUAUUGUGUUUGCUAUCAUCUACCUGUAUUCACAAAUUAUAGAUGGGCGGAAAUUGAUGAUUAAACUUUUACAAGAGCACAUUAGUAAUGAAGGAAAAGACAAAGCAUAUUUACUUCGAAAGCUCAACAGCAUGAAAUUAAAGAUGGAAUCUUCUAGAGAGAAGUUUCAUACAAUGAAAAUCAAUGAUGAGUCUAUUAGGCACCUGGAAGCAAAGUUUGAAGACAGAAAACCAAGCUCUUUGAAUAUGAAGAACAUGCAAGAUCAGGAUGUUAUCAGUGACCAAAAUACAGAACAACGAAGUUAUUCUCCAAAUGUAAACAGAAAUACUGCCAGUGCCCUCGCCCUGGCUUUGGCUGCCAAGCAUCAGGCAGAACAGGACCCAAAUGAAUAACUUAUUCAGAAGCAAUGGAUUAAACUUUCGACAGCCCUGUGCCCCUAGCUGGAGCUCCAAGGUAGACAUGACUUACCAGAAAAUCACAUGUACCAUUAAUUUGUGGAACAUCAGGAGUUAAGCAGCAGCCAGAUUCCAACAAGCGGCUUGCUGCAGUGAGGCACAUCUACAGUUCUUUUGUAAAUCUACCUGAUCAUUGUAAAACUUUUGAAGGUUACUGAGUUCCUUCACUGUGUUAGAGUCAUAUUUAGGUUCUGAAAAUAAUUAAGCAUAGAUCAUCUGUGGUUAGCCAUGUUAAUAAAGUUGUUCUCUUACUUAACAAUGCAUCGCCAAUAAUGAAAAAUACAGUCAAACUCUGUAAAGGUGCAAUGACAAGAAAGUAAGAUUUCUAAAGUAAUUUAUAAUUAAAUUGUUCAUUAGAACAUUCUGAUGUAUGUUUUAUUGGUAAAUAAUUCUAAGGUAACAUAAAAAUUUGCUUCAAAGCUUCAAAAAGAACAGUGCCUCAACUUGAGAACCAAAGAAAGUUAAGAAUUAAAUGUCAAAAACUAGUACUUCUCCUUAUGCCUUUUUUAAAAUUUUAAUUACAAAAAUCUUGUCUGUUAACUAUUUUUAGUAUUUUGGAUAUUUUUGUGCUUUGUUGUGAUAUCCAUUGAUGGGACAUUUCCACAUUUCAGACACCAGACCCUGAAAUUCUGUGGUCCUUCUCCAAGCUUCCUGCCAUAAUUUUAGCAGGAGGACUCAAAACCUCAGAAACAUAGCUGAAGUAGGCAACUAAUCCCCUUUCUCCAGGUCUUCUGCCAGUAUCCCACUGAAGUUGUGGCAGCAAACCCAAGACAAACACCACAGAAUUUACAAGUUCUAAUGUCAGCGUCAAGAAUGGGAGCCACUCUGUUCUUCCAGCGAAGCUUGAAUCUCACCUUAGAAUGACACAGCCAUUUAUGUGUCAGUCUUCGCGCAUUUCUGAAUGAUUAUGAAUUUGUGCCAAAUUAAUGAUCAUUUCUUUUUGCGCUGACUAUCAGCUGGGUUGGGCUGUUCAAUUACUUGUAUAGAAUUCUCACAGGCUGCGGUAUGAGGCUCUCAUUACUCAGUUUGAAUUCUGUUUAAGCUGGGUCCCAGACAAGAAAGAGCAAUAAACUAAAUCAUUGAAACACUAACUCCUUGUUUCCUACAGCUACAAUAUUUUUAGUUAAUUUUAAGAUUUGCUACUUAACUUUAUGAAAAUAAUGACAUUUCAGUCAUGUUUAUUUGUGACAUGUUGCAACUUAAAAUGGUAACAAAAAUAAAUAUACCUGUAGGGCAUGA